CUGCCUCUGGGCCAACAAAAUGAACUUGGAUCUGCUGAGCCAGGUUGGCUGUCCCACGUGCAUUCGAUCGCAGGGGUCGAGCGUUAUAGAUCUAACGUGGGGCACAUCAAAAGCUAGCGCCCGCCUCUCGAACUGGAGGGUGGAUAAGGCUGAGUCCUUGUCGGACCAUUUAUAUAUUAGAUUUAACUAUAGUCACAAGGCCACAGGGGUCCGAAAUUCUCUCCCACAACAUAAAAAGCCCCCUCGUUGGGAGGUUAACUCCCUGGAUGAGGAUUGCUUGGUCCUCAUUUCAGGGAAGUGGACGAGUGAAACUAUGUGCGAGGAUAAUAGGGCCAGUGCGGGCUGUGCAGACAAAUUUGUGAAAUGGGCACAGUCUACACUGAAACAAGCGUGCGACAUGACCAUGUCCCAGGUGAGGGGACAAACCAGCGGUAGUAAAAGUACUUACUGGUGUUCGGACAAAUUAACGAACCUUAGGGACGUUGCGACGCCCACAGUAAGGAAAAUUUCCAGAGUCAGGAAAAGGAAGAACAGGGAGGAAAUAGUGCGGUUCUGGGCGCCCGGUUCUGGACACCCGAUUCUGGACCCCCUAAGGAACGCAAAGAGGACAUCGACUAAGGCUUCAAGGAAGCCAAGAAGAACUCCUGGAGAGAUCUGCUGGACUUUAUAGAGGAUGAUCCAUGGGGCAGACCUUACAAAUUGGUCUUGGGAAAACUCAGGCCUUAUGCCCCAUCAGUAACUGAAACCGUGGAAGAUGAGGUACUGGAGAAUAUCCUCUCUGAAUUAUUCCCAGGAGGACCGGGAACUAAUGAGCCGUAAGAACCUACACUCUCAGAGGUGACUAUCUCUGCGGAGGAGGUCUUGGCUGCCGCCAGGAAAGGAAAAGGAAGGAAGGGACUGGAUGGGAUACCGGGUGUGGUUGUGCGUGCUGGGGAAACUAUUCGAGCGCGUAGUUGUUGGCCGGAUCAACAGCUUCUUAGAAGAGACUCGGACCCUGGCGCCAUCGCAGUGUGGGUUUAGGACGGGCAGAUCUACUGUAGAUGCCGUCCUCGAUGUUAAAAAAUUUGUGGAGGCAUCGACGCGGAACAGGAAAGUGGUUAUCCUGAAAUCGAACGGUGAUCGCGCGUGUGCCUGGGAGCAGGUUUUACUCGCGCGUGUAUAUUUGGUACGUCAACGAGAAGUGGACUAACGAAUAAGAGGGAAGAGGCGGUGGAGGAGGAGGAGGAGGAGGAGGAGGAGGAGAAGAAGAAGAAGAAGAAGAAGAAGGAAAGGAACUCGAUUCUCAACGAAGCUACGUCGAUUAACGCGAUAAAAAUCUCUACGUGCACGAUUCAGUGAAUAGAAAACAUCGAUAAUACGUGUGGGGGCACGCUUCUUCGAAACUCGAACGUAUUGCAAUGGAUCAUUUCUGGUUCGCGGUGUACCUGACUCUCGGUUGUCUCGUCGCCGGAGUUCUGCCACAAUAUAGAGACAAAAAUACCAGCACGGCCGAGAACGACGCGGUUCAAGCCCUCCUCGCCAGAUAUCUGCAGAAACGUCUUCAAGGUACUCAGCUCUCGACGCUGCCGCCGCCGGCCGUCCUCUUCAACUCUCGUCAUCAGGCAAAAGUCCGUCAAGCCGCGCAGAAAGACUCGAUGAACAGCGACGGCUUAGCUCGCAAUUCUCAUCCUUCGUCUAGCUACAAGGAUAAUAGGAAGCACAGAGAGGACUACGACGAUGAUUACGUGGACGAUCUUCAAGGGAUCGAGGACAGCGAUAGGAGCAGGACUAGAAUCGAUCUUCUUGCUGACGACUGUCCAAAUUGCGUCGACGAACAAAGUAGCACCUUGAGCGCUUCCAGAUGGACGAUGCCGUUGUUGAAGCUUGGCGAGAAACGUUACUACCUGGGUAUCUUCUUCAAGGCUAACUGGUACAGAGCGUCGCAGUACUGUCGUUAUCACGGUAUGCACCUUGCUAGCAUAGCCUCCCAAGAAGAAAACGACAGACUGGAGAAGCACAUCAAAGACUUCGGGCUUGGACACGAACAUUUUUGGACGUCUGGUACCGAUCAGGCGGAAGAAGGGACCUUCUUUUGGAUGGCCAAUGGACGGCCAAUCACGUUCGAGAACUGGAACGUCGGAGAACCCAACAAUUUUCGAUACGAGAACGGCGAGGAGGAACACUGUUUGGAAUUGUGGAAUAGGGACGGUAAAGGGUUAAAAUGGAACGACAGCCCUUGCAGCUUCGAAACUUUCUUCGUCUGUGAAGUGCAGUGAAAGAGGGAGAGAGAGAGAGAGAGAGAUGGGGUCGUUGUAACAUGGGCGACAACCCACACACUCGUUCCCUAUACACGGAUAAUACAAACACACACACACGCGCACACACAUAGACGCAAGAUCUAAAGGGUAAGAAGGACGAGUACGAUAGACGUCGAAAGAGAAUAAAGCAAGAAAUCCGUCAGACCAAUUUUCAAACCUCGUUCGAGCCAGCCCAGUGCCAAAGGUUUUCCGACGAAUGUAACCCUUCAUCGAUCACUUUGGUUUCGUUUACGCUUACGCGACGCGCCGCAUUCGGAUGGAAGGAGAAGAGUCGAAGUAUAAGGGAAUGGAUCGGAAUUUGUUGGCUACUACUGGGGACUCGAAGAGAACGUACGGAGAAGAAAAGAGUUUCCGAAUUGACCGAAAAAGAAAAAAAAAAGCAAGAAAGCAGUAUUUUAUUGUCGACGUCAUGAUGCAGGAUAGUUCUUACCGUGUGUUUCUGUGUGUGCAUCGAUCUAUGUGUGUGUGUGUGUGUGUGUGUGUGUGUGUGUGAGAGAUCUAUGUGCGUGCAAGCUCGUUGUUUUUUCUUUUCUUUUUGUUUUUUUUUUUUUUUGCCUUUCCGUUUUCUUUUAUCUUCUUUUUUUCUUUUUUGAUUUUUCCCUUUCUUUUUUUCCUUUGUUUUUUUUUUUUUAUUUUUUUUUUUUUUCUUUUUUAUUUUAAAAAGACACGUAAUGUUAUUUUAUUGACUCUACUUUCUCGUAUGAAGAGACAGCAAGGGGACAUUAGCAAGCGUCCUCUGUUAAAUUAAGAGGAAGGAAGAAGAAACUAGUAGUACGCGAGAGCGCGGUCGUGCCCGCUCGUCGUUUGAUGUUUUAACGAAUUAUAGAGUUAUAAUUAAAGAGAUUAAUUUAAGCCAGGAACAAAGUUUCCUGGACAUAAAGCGAUACGUCAUCACUAUUAUAUUAUUAUACGACUUUUAGAUAUCCUACAUACCGCUUUUUCCUAUUGUUUUUAAUUAAUUACCAAAUUAGUUAAUUAACGAGAGAUAUUCGAAAGGAUAGAUGGUUAUUCUUUCAGGAAGAGAACACGCUAGGAAGCGUUGUAUGUACAUAUUAAAUAGAAACGUACGAAUGGAUAGAUACUUGGUUUAAAAAGCAUUGCUUUUGCCUUUCACCUUAUCCAAGUUGUAUAUACCUAUGUAUUUACAUAUGCAUGGCGCAUAGACGGAUACAUAUGUAUGGUACAUAGACGAGCUCGUUCGAAUGUAGCAAAUAAAAUCCAGACUUAAUGACAAAACAAUAAUGGCCGCUUUGAAAGCUCGAAUUUUAGCCAUCUCUUGCGGUCCACGGAUGAGUUGAAAAAAAUAUUACGCGAGUAACGUUAUUCUAUAUUUUCAGAGCGUACUAACGAACGAGAUGGAAAGAGAAAGAGAGCGUGGGAAGCCGAACGAGUUGGCGAAUAAAAUAAAAUACAAGGCGAGCUCCUGCAAAUGCACGCUCGUUGUAUUUUCAUAGAAGUACGAGUUGUAAAUUAAAGGAUCGCUCUAUAAGCUCCAACUGAAAGAGUAA